AUGAAGGCAGCACAAUGGGAUCCCAAGCAGCAAAAGGCUGUUGUCAACGAGAUCCCCGUUCCAGAGCCUGCCCCAAACCAGAUCCUCGUUAAGAUGGCAUCGGCCUCUCUCUGCCACUCAGACAUAAUGGCAAUCUCCCAGCCCGACAAGACUGAGCCCUUUACUAUCGGUCAUGAAGGCGCUGGCUAUGUCGCCAAGGUAGGUGCCGACUGCGCGGACAAGGGCUUCCAGGAAGGGAACCCAGUUGGGUUCUUGUAUAUCAACGGCUGCUGUUUCGAGUGUGAAGCGUGCAUGGUGCAUAACACACAAUGCACUGAAGGCAAGCCCAGCGUCGCCGGAUUCGGCGAGUUUGGAUUCUUUCAGGAAUACGCUGCCGUCGACUGGCAGAAUGUCAUCCAUCUUCCCUCUCAGCUGGAUCCAAAGCGCAGCUCAGCGGUGUUCUGUGCUGGGAUUACGGCUUUCCAUGCCGUGGACUCGUGCAACCUCAAGCCCGGGCAGUGGCUCGCUGUCAUCGGAGCUGGAGGACUAGGACAGCUGGCUACGCAGUACGCAAAGGCAAUGGGCAUCCAAGUCAUCGCCAUUGACAUCAACGACAAGACGCUCGAGGCAUGCAAAAGUCAAGGCGCAGAUGUGACAUUCAACUCCUUGGCCAGCGCCGAUACCUAUGCCGCUGAAGUGAAGAAGCUUACCAGCGGUGGUGUGCAUGCUGCAGCGGUUUUCAGUGGCUCAUCAGUGGCCUACAAGGGAGCACCGUCUGUUAUUCGCGUCGGGGGAACUCUCAUGGUCAUUGGAAUCAGCCCCCGUCCAAUGGAAGUCUCUACCUUUGAGCUGGCAGUAGGCUUAUACAACAUUAAAUCCGACAGCACAAGCACCCCACAGCGCAUGGGCAAAGCAGUGGACUUUACUGCGAAACACUCCAUCACCCCGGAAAUAGAAAUACGAUCCCUGGAGGCCAUGGAUGAUAUGAUACGCGAGAUGAAGGCAGGGACGGCGACGAAACGGAUGGCAGUUGUGUUUGAAUAG